AUGUCUAACGUUCUAAUCAUAGGUGCUGGCUCGAUGGGCUUGGCCUCUGGCUACUUCCUUAACCUCGCUGGUGCCAAUGUAACUUUCCUAAUCAGGUCACAUCAUAAAAAGGACUUGAAUCGGCCUCAACUCCUAUAUAAUCUAGCCAAAAAUACUGUUAAUAAGUAUACUGGAUACGACUAUAUCACUGAACCAUCAAGAAUUGCUACUCGGGACUACGACUUCAUUGUUAUUACUCUUGAUCGGAUUGCGCUACAGAGCGAGGAAGGAACCAAAUUGACCAAGAUCAUCGGUGAAGCUGUCAAAGGGAAGCAGACUAAGAUUAUUCUAGGAACUGUCACAAUUGGUGUUUUUUCGUGGUUCCUAAAGACGUCGGGAAUUCUUCCCGAAAUGGCUACCGAAGGCUCAUUGGGAGUCAUGUGCUAUCCACCAAAAAAGGUAGAAUUACCUGUCUAUGCUGAGGUGGAUAAGAAGGCUUUAGCCAAUGCCGAUGCUGCCUGGAUUGACUGCUUCGGCCGGGGCUUUUCUGUGAGCGACUUUUCGCCAUCUGUGGCAAAGGAUUUUGCUGUGUUGUUCAACAAAUGCGGUGUUUCACGGUGUGCGAUCAAGUCUAUAGACCGGUUCGCUACUGACGUGGAUUCUUGCUUUGUUAUUUUUGCGGGCAGUCAGCUAUUGGGAUGGCCCAAGUUUUCCAAGAUUGAUGCGCAUUCUGAACUCUGGGGACUAACCACCGCAGCGUUCAAAGAGAUUGAAGAAUUGGACAUUCAUGGAGAAAUUGGUAGUACGUUGGCCAGAGAGACAACGGAGGAGAAAUUGGCAUCGCUUGUCGUCGGCUGGGAGAAAUCAUCAUUGCCACUAGAUAUUCAAGAGUUUAAUAAGUAUCAUCAUGGAGGGAAGGUUAACGCACAGGAUAGAAUUCACUUGAAUAAGUGUCUCCUGGAGGGAGAGCGGGAAGGCAAGAGAAUGACUGCGCUGAGAGAGAUAUUGAAGAGGUUGGAGUGGUUGACUGUUUGA